CGGCCCGGCUUGCCGGGGCCCGGUCAGGUCUUCCGGCGCCGGCAUCACCGCCUGCCGAGGGGAUUUGGCGCCUGCCGCCCGGGCUUUUGCUUGGUCCGCGGGCCUCGGACGGGGAUUCGGAGAGCUCAUCUCUUGGCGGCUCUUCCCGCGCACGGGAAUUGCGGCGUACCUGCGGAGGGCGUACCUGCGCGUGAGGAGGAGGAAGGGCAAGAUCCAGCCUGAGUGACCCGCGCUCCGGCCUGUCCGCACAAGGUGUCGGCAUUCUGCCCUGGCUCCUCUUGCAGGGUAGCCCCCCUGGGAGGGGGUGAAGCUCCCCUUCUGUAUUUGUGUUCCCGGCCCCAGCGUGGGCCACUGGCUACAAGAUGAACUGUCGCUCGGAGGUGCUGGAGGUGUCCGUGGAGGGGCGGCAAGUGGAGGAGGCCAUGCUGGCUGUGCUGCACACGGUGCUCCUGCACCGCAGCACAGGCAAGUUCCACUAUAAGAAGGAGGGCACCUACUCCAUCGGCACUGUGGGCACCCAGGAUGUCGACUGCGACUUCAUCGACUUCACCUACGUGCGCGUCUCCUCCGAGGAGCUGGACCGCGCUCUGCGCAAGGUGGUCGGAGAGUUCAGGGAUGCUCUGCGCAACUCCGGGGGCGAUGGGCUGGGGCAGAUGUCCCUGGAGUUUUAUCAGAAGAAGAAGUCUCGCUGGCCGUUCUCAGAUGAGUGCAUCCCCUGGGAAGUGUGGACAGUCAAGGUGCAUGUGGUGGCCCUGGCUACGGAGCAGGAGCGGCAGAUCUGCCGGGAGAAGGUGGGCGAGAAGCUCUGCGAGAAGAUCAUCAACAUCGUGGAGGUGAUGAACCGGCACGAGUACCUGCCCAAGAUGCCCACGCAGUCCGAGGUGGACAAUGUGUUCGACACGGGCCUGCGGGACGUGCAGCCCUACCUCUACAAGAUCUCCUUCCAGAUCACCGAUGCCCUGGGCUCCUCGGUCACCACCACCAUGCGCAGGCUCAUCAAAGACACCCUGGCCCUCUAGGCCUUGCCCGGGGCCUUGGGUGCUCCUCGAUGGCUUGUGGACUUAGGCUUCCGGGGAUGGUUCUCUUAGGCCCUUGGGGCCCUGGAACCUGCUCUGGGUCCUUGACGCGACUUGGAAGGUUGGCCCCUGGCUUCCUUGUUUGUGGUUGCCAGACUCUGGUCAUCCUCUUAACCUUCACCGGCGGUCAAGUCCGGCCUGCACUGUCUCUCCACACCCCUGGUGGGGGCCCCUUUCCUUCACUGUACAGAGGAGCCAUCACUAGGAUGGUGAAUAAAGGUGAGAAUGUGAGUUUGGCUGGAGCCAUCUCUGCCUGGGCUGGUGUCGCCCUGAAACGUGAACACCUUCUGGCAGACCUGUGACGACACAGGUGUGUGUUGAGGCCAUUGUUCCACAAUGCCGGGGUGGGAGGAUGGGAUUAAAGGUAGAUUAAAGCUGA